AUUAAAUGCUUGUGCAUGAAGGAAAUAUAUUAAAUGAGUCUUCUGAAUUGAAAUAGUUGACAUAUGAUGAAGCAUUAACUUAGGUUGGUGGUGCAGGGUUGUAUUAAAAAAGAGCAUUUUUAAUAUUCGGAUUGUAGUGGUUGAUUACGAAGUAUGUUACAGAAUUCCACAUUUUAGUUGGAUAUUGUUUUCACCCGUUUUCUUUUUUAUAGAACCUACAGUGGAUUGUAAGAAUAAUGGAGAGUGUUUGGAUAAAUGUUUAUCUGAAUCAUUAGAUGAUAAUUGUCUGAACUAUAUUUGUGUACAUUAUAUGAUUAAUAUAGGAUGAUUCUGAACGUAGAUAGUUUGUAGUUGGAGAAUCACUAAAUACAGCAUUUAAUUCUCUAUUACCUUGUAAUAAAUCAUUACAAUCUAUAAUUAAAUCAAUUGUAUAUAUUGGAUCUUUAACUGGGUUUUUUGUAUUUUCAUUUAUUGCUGAUAAUUAUGGUCGUAAAUUGGCUCUUUCUAUUUCUUGGGGUAUGACAACAUUAGGAUCACUUUUAUUAGCUGUAUAAAAUUGAAUUAUUAAAAAGUUUGCCAUGAAUUAUUCAAUGAUAGCAAUAGGGAUAUUUCUUUUAGGUUUUGGAGGUAAUCCAGCGAUAACAGUACAUUAUUCAUUUAUUAAUGAACAUUCAUGUAAUUAUUAAAUAUUUAUAUAUUUAGAGGGUCAUUUUAGAGAAAUUUAAAAUGUUGGAGUUUAAGUAUUUUUUGCUAUUGGAGAAUUUACUAUUAUAUCUUUAGCAUAUUUCAUAACAAAAUGGAGAUGGCUAGCAAUAUCGGUUGCUAUACCAACAAUUUUACUAAAUCUUUGUAAUUUUUUGAUUUUUGAAUCUCCUUAAUUUCUAUACUCAAAAAACAAAAAGAAAUGUGUUAAAGUUUUAAAUUAAAUAGCUAAGAUUAAUGGAACAUAACCUCUUGCAAUGAAUGAUUUAGCAUCAAAUCCAUAAAGUAAAGAAAAUAAUUCAAGAGUUUAUACAAUUUGGGAUUUGUUGAAAUAUAAAUCACUUAGAUAUGUAUUUUUUGCUGGAUUAAUGAUGUUCUUUGCUAUUUAAGUUACAUACUAUGGAAUUAGUUUUGUUAGUGAUUAAUUAGGUCUUGAUUUUUUCCUUAGUAAUUUCAUUAUUGCAUUUUUUGAACUGUUAGCUUAUGCAACAACAGGUAUAUUGUUAAAUAAAUUUUAAGAUUUCUUUAUUACAAAGUUAAACAGAAAGAAAAAUAUCAUUGGUGGUUUUUUUAUUGUAGGGUUUAUGAGUUUAUAUUUUAUUUUCAAAAGUGAUCAUGUUGUUUACAGAGUAUUUUAAGGCAUAUUAGCAGGAGUAUUAAUAUUAAAAUUUAAUAAAUAGUUGAUGAGAUUUUUAAUUUGUGUAGUUUGGGCAUUAGGAUAUGUUUACGUAUCUGAAUUAUUUCCAUCAGUUGUAAGAUCUUUAGCUUUAUGUUUAAUAUCUGCUGGUGGUUCAUUAGGUAGCAUAGUUUAAGCAUUUUUAAUAAAUGUUUGUGCUUCAAUUAAUAUUCAUCCAAUGGUUGCUUUUGGACUUAUUGGAUUUUUGUGUUCUUUACUUUUAUUUCCGUUAAGAGAAACUUUGCAUUAACCUUUAUUAGAAAAAAUAGAAGAAGAUAACAUUAGAAUUAGAAAGAGUAUGCUUUAGAUUAAUGAAUCAGAAGAAAUUACAACAUCUAUUCCUGUUCUUGAAAGUAAUGAAGAAUGA